AAGUACAUACUAAUGUAUACUGUUUCAAUCAAAGAGGUGGUCUCUCCUACUGUCUACUCGUCACUGGAGUGCGUUUCUGACUAAUGGAACACUUUGAAUCAACGAUAUUUUGAACAUUUAAAACAAUAAGUUAAAAUUUCCGGACUAGAGGUUCCAUUWGCAACUUGGGAGACGGCUUGUUCAAAAUCAUGAGAAUUGAUGAAUAUAACUACUAGCUUGGGGUACUUUUGGACUUUUCUGGCAAAAACAUGAUGRCCGCUUCAACGAUACAUGGAAUCUUGACAGCGAUCAUAUUGCUCUUCGUUUUGGCGGGAAAUCGAAAAGGAAUCGAMUCAAAAGAUUUACGAAUAGGCGCUUUGAUUCCUUGGAAUGGAAGCUGGCCUGCUGGUCCUCGCCUGGCCUCAGCURUAAUAGUAGCAAUCGACAAAGUACGACACCUUAAUCUACUACCUGAAUACAAUUUGUCCUACAUUUGGAAAGAUAGUUUUUGCCAAAUUGGUCCAUCUUUGCAAGCUCUAUCGGAUUUAAGGGUUUUGAAGCCAAGUAUUGAUGUAUUCAUAGGACCUGCCUGUUCAAUGGGAUGCACGUCUUGCGGGUUUUUAGCAGCUCAUUGGGAUUUACCUAUGAUUUCUUAUGGAUGUAUCGAUGAAGAUUUAUCGGAUAAGUCCUCAUACCCGACUUUUGUGAGAACCGUCGGCUCUUUCAGCCAGUCUGGCAACCUAUUCUUACUACUAAUGAAACAAUAUGGAUGGAAGAGGAUUGCAAUAUUGACAUCAACAGAGCCAGUGUGGUCGCAGYUAGCAAGCCUUAUCAAAAGGAAAAUCGAUUCAAAACCUGGAUACCAAGUUUCGUACUUUGAGAGUUUUAGUCCAGACUUCACGGGUGAUGUUCAGUACCAGAGAUUGAUCCAAUCAGCCAGGAAAAAAGCACACGUGUUUAUCUUCACAUGCUAUGGUCCUUGUGUUCGUCAAAUGGCCCUCAACCUUCUUGACAUGGGGAUGAUAACAUCUGACUACGCAUACUUUAGUUACUUCACACUCUCGGACACAUGUAAAGGCGGCUCCGAUGGGCGAAACGCCGAGGCCUGCCGAGCAUUCGAAGGGUUGAUGGAUAUUGGARUGUACAUCCCUAAUACUGUUGAAUACCAGAGUUUUAAGACCGAAGUGCGCAGACGAAUGCCSGAGUUUGCUGGCUUGAAUUAUCACAUGCGUCAUUCUGAUGAGGUAGAUGAGUUCGCAUGUUUUCUACAUGACAGUGUUCUGCUUUACGCAAUGGCUUUAAAUGAUACGAUAAAAGCUGGGGGAAACAUAACGAGUGGUAGAGAUGUGACCAGACAAAUGAUCAAUCGAUCUUUUGAAGGCGUCUCGGGUAAUGUUUAUAUAGACAAACAUGGUGAUCGAUACUUGGCUUUCCAAAUGACUAACGUCCGAAAUGGCAAAAUGGUCAAAGUCKCUGAGUACUACAGUUGGGAUAAAAAACUUAUAAUGUCAAACACAACCAUCUAUUGGCCAGGAGGUGGAACGACUGCACCCCUGGGAAGACCUCUUUGUGGAUUUGACGAUGAGUAUUGCCCGUCACCAGAUAUUUUGAAGAUUUUGAUCUGUGUAUUGGUAGCCAUCCUGACUGUCUUGUUGGUUGUCGUCGCUGUGGCAAUAUAUAUGAAAAGGAAGUUGUUCGAAUCAUCUUUAAACAGUGACAUGUGGCGAGUGAAGGUUGAGGAUGUGACCUUCACCAAGAGAUUAUUAGGGUCGAGUCAAAGCAGACGUAGCAUGUCUGCUAUAGGUUCCCAUAACMCCAGCAGACGCAGCGUGGACAGCAGUGUAGAAGAUCUGGGCAGCAUGUACUCACAAGUUAUGAACACAAAAGACGACUUUCAGCGUGGCCAAAUAUUUGCCACCGUAGCUAUCUACAAGUCGACAUUAGCUGCCGUAAAGAAGCUCAGAAAAACGAGUAUUACUUUGGAUAGAACUAUAUUACUGGAGCUGAAACAGGCGCUCGAUGUACAACAUCCCAACAUAAAUCGGUUCAUUGGCGCAUGCGUAGAUACCUCCAAUAUCUGGAUACUGACUCAGUAUUGCAAUAAGGGUAGUCUACAGGACGUUCUGAAUAACAGUGACAUCAACCUUGAUUGGAUGUUUCAGAUCUCUUUUGCUUCAGAUAUCGCUAGGGGUAUGAGUUUCUUGCAUAAAAGCCCCAUCUGUUACCAYGGACACCUAAAGUCAUCAAAUUGUGUGAUAGACAGCCGUUGGGUYUGUAAAAUAACGGACCACGGGCUCAGAGAGUUUUGUGAAGGCCAAGCACCUGACCCUGAACUUGGUGUUGACACCAUGUAUAACCAUUUACUAUGGACUGCACCAGAACAUUUGCUUAAUCCAGAGAGACCUGGUCAGUCACCUAAAGGAGACGUGUACAGCUAUGGGAUUAUACUCCAAGAGAUCUUAUUGAGAGGGCUGCCUUACUGUAUGAAUGAAUUCAUGGAAGCGAAAAGUAUCGUUAACAGAGUUCAGCAGUCUGAGAUUCCACCAUUCCGUCCCAGAAUUCCACCUGAAUCUGGAAGUCCUGCAUUCAUCAAAUUAAUGGCCGAGUGUUGGAACAAGGUUCCAGGUACUCGCCCUGGAUUCACCGACAUYCUGCGCAAGCUAAAACGCAUUAACAAGGGAAAGGAAAUAAAUAUCAUGGAUAAUAUGAUUGCAAUGAUGGAGAAGUAUACAGACCAUCUUGAAGAAGUCGUGCAGGAAAGAACUCAACAGCUGGAAGAGGAAAAGAUAAAGACCGACGCACUGCUUUAUAGAAUGCUACCAAGAAGCGUAGCGGAGAAGCUGAAAAUAGGCGCACCAGUUGAUGCAGAGUUGUUUGAAUCUGUAACGAUUUUCUUCAGUGACAUUGUGGGAUUUACUAAGCUUGCCUCAGAAAGUACUCCAAUUCAGAAUUAUCCCAAGCACUUGGAUGACACAUUUCCUUCAGGUGGUUAAUCUUCUGAACGACCUUUACACCUGCUUCGACAAGAUAAUCGAUUCACACGAUGUCU